AUGAGACAUCGAGCGGAGAUCGACGAAGCGCAUUUCCGACUCACAAGACGAAUGGAAAACGGGUCAUACAAAACGGUGUUUUAUGACGCUCAGAAAAACCCUUUGUGGGAGGUCGUCUCACAGGGACAGCUGAAAGAGACAACGCAUUUGGAAAUUCAGCCCCCGGCACAAGAAGGCGGAGCCGGAGAGACGGAAGAGGCGCAGGGCACAUCGGCAAACGUAACCAAAACUGGAGGCGCCAGACGAUCGUCAAAGGAGGACGAAUCAGACGAAGAAGAAGAUGAUGACGAUUCGGCAGGGGAUUCAGCCGAGGAGGACGAAGAAACGGCCGACAAGCAUAAAAAGCCCUCAAAAGUCAAACCGAGGAAAGCACUUAAAUUGGAAGAAGCUAUGAAACGUGAAAAGGUUAAGAAAGGUGAUUUUCUCAAGAAACGAAGGGAAGAAGAAGAUAAGAUGGAACGACAGGAACAAGAAGACAAGAAGAAAAAGAGCGAUGGAGAGAGCGAACUGGACUUCACCUCGGAUGAAGAAUUUGAUGGUCCUGGUGAUGAUAAUUUGACCACGGUCGAUGAAAUCAUCAACGCGUAUAACGGAGCUGAGAAAAAUUUCACAUGA